AUGAGCAAGUUCUGCUUUGAUGAAUUCACUGUGGCAGAUGAUACAAAUAUCAUUAUUACGUAUCAUCAGGAGCCAUCUACGACCUUCCCAUGCGCAUCAGCAUUGACAGCAUGCACCGGCAGCACCAACCUGCAUGUGCAUAGUAGUUAG